GCGGGGCUUGCCGCUGUCCUCCGCGGCAUCGAAGAGGUGUGUCUGCUUGAAUCUGCUUCUGGAGCCGCCAUAGCGGACGCGCUUAGCUGAGCGUCUCGCGGGUGCACAGGUGCGCGGCACUGACCAGGGCGAUGGAGGUGAGCGGGGCGGCGCCGGGUCUCGACGGGGUCCGGGAGCGGAGAGGCUCGGCCGGAGCCGGAAGGGAGCCGAGCGAGGAGCGACCACAAUCCGGGACGCAGGGGCUUCCGAAGCACUCGUACUGGUUGGACGUCUGGCUCUUCGUCCUUUUCGACCUGGUGGUGUUCGUCUUCGUGUACCUUUUGCCCUGAUUGCUUUGCUGAGAUGUCAAGAAUUUGGCUUGGUGUGAAUCCUGAAAACUACUACAACCUCCUUGAAUAAAGAUAGGAUUUCCAGCAGCAAAACUUCAAACCUCCAACCUUAUCUUCUUUUAAGCUCUUGAUUUCGCUAAAAUAAUAUGGUGUACCUCAAAUUUGUUUCGCUCUUAAUUGCUGUUAAAUAUGAUUCAGAGCCAAACCAUAUAUUUUUUUAUAGUGCCCAUAACAAUAAAAUUUCUGUCAAAUUUACUUGUUAAACAGGUAUUGGAGCCCUCACUGUUAGGCAUCACUUUGAACACAAUAGUGAACAGUAACAGAAAACAUUAUCUUUAUAAAGCUAACUUUCUUAAAUACUGUUCUUUUUAAAAAUAUGCUACUUAAAAAGAAUUGUAUUCUAAGGUUGGGCAGCUAGCAUUCAUUCAAAAAGGCCACAGUCCCAAAGGAACUACUCUAAGCACUUUAGAAGCUAUUCCUAUUAGCCCUUAGACUUUUUCUAUAGUGGGUAAUUAGAGACUGGCUCCUAUUCUGCCUUAUAACUAAGACAUGAGGCUUGGUAAACUGUUCAUUUAUAUCUUCACGGGGAUAUUGUUGCAUUUGUCUGAACAGAAUUUUUUUGUGUGGAAAGUAUGAUUGAAGCAUCUGGAUUAGAACACAGAACUAGGAUAACACUGAGUUUAUCAGAUUGUAUGACCCUUUUUGUGUUUACUAAUUUUCUCCAAUAAAUGCUUACUUAUAUCAUGGA